GAGGAGGCCGCGGCGAUGUAAACAAACCCAGCCUUGAGGGUACGGCUCACACACACACUUAGACACGUGGUUAAAUUUUCCUCGCAAUGGCUGUUCGCUGUCAAUUUGAAGGCUCUAAUGAGAUCGGGGUGUUCAGCAAGCUCACCAACGCCUACUGCUUGGUGGGGAUCGGCGCCUCUGCUAAUUUCUACAGCAUCUUCGAAGACCAGCUGAGCGAGACCAUCCCUGUGGUGUACACGUCCAUCGCUGACUGCCGCAUCGUGGGCUCCAUGGUCGCAGGGAACCGUCAUGGUCUGCUGGUUCCCAACACAACCACAGACACAGAACUGCAGCACCUGCGUGACCACCUGCCAGACAAGGUCAAGGUGCAGCGGAUAGAAGAGCGGCUUUCAGCCCUCGGCAAUGUGGUCGUGAGCAAUGACUACGUGGCGCUGGUUCACCCCGACAUUGACAGGGAAACGGAAGAGAUCAUCCACGACACCCUACAAGUGGAGGUUUUCCGUCACACCAUUGCCAACAAUGUUCUUGUGGGUUCAUAUGCAGUGCUGUCUAACCAGGGCGGCCUUUUGCACCCCGCCACCCCCACGCAGGAGCAGGAUGAACUGUCCAUGCUGCUGCAGGUGCCCCUGGUGGCUGGGACAGUAAACCGUGGAAGUAACUCCCUCGCAGCAGGUCUGUUAGUGAAUGACUGGGCUGCCUUCUGUGGAAUGGACACGACAGCCACUGAGCUAAAUGUGAUCGAGAGCAUCUUCAAGAUCACGGAUGCUCCACAAGCUGCUGCAUCCACCACCAUGAGGAAGGCGCUUAUUGACAGCAUGACAUAAAAAGAAUGCACCGUUGCAGCGGCAGAAGCAGCAGCAGUGCAUGGAACAAUGUGUUAUUGUUCUUGUGAAAAAUUUGACUAUUCCAUUUUAUCAUUGUCCAAGCUUUUUCUUUACAUAUUUUGUUGCAAUUUUAAACUUAUAUUUCUAAUUUGAGAGUUCUGUAUAUCAUUAGACAUGCACAUGUAAUCAUUUAUGUAUGAAAAUAAAUGUUAAAACAAUA